AAAGGUUUAACUAAACUUUCAGAAAUCCUUUAACAAAAUGUAACACGAUGAAGUUAUCUUGUAAAAUGUUAUAAUUUUUGUUUUUCAGAGUCAGGAGGAUCAUGGUAAACGCUACACAGGUUUUAUUUUUCACACUAAGUGCCUAUUUUGACACCGGGGUUUUCAAAUAUUUAUAUUUUAUUAUUAUCAUAUCUUUAUAUAUUGUAAUAAUUUGUACCAAUCUUUUGCUGAUUGUGGUUAUCUGUAUGAACAGGAGCUUACAUGAACCUAUGUACCUUUUUCUGUGCAGCCUGUUUGUAAAUGAACUGUAUGGUAGUACAGGGUUGUUUCCAUUCCUUCUGGUUCAGAUCCUCUCUGACAUUCACACUGUUUCUGCUCCCUUCUGUUUCCUGCAGAUUUUCUGUUUGUAUUCUUAUGCACUUACAGAAUUUUGGACCUUAGCCAUCAUGUCUUAUGACAGAUAUCUUGCUAUCUGUUAUCCUCUACAAUAUCACGCUCAUAUGACAUCUAAAAAGAUUUCCAUGCUUAUUGCUCUAACAUGGUUGUACUCUUUUCUUGCCAAUGCUUUGGUAGUGUUUGGUCUGACUGCUCCUUUACAGCUGUGUGGAAACAUUAUUAACAAAGUCUACUGUGACAACUAUUAUGUUGUCAAACUGGCCUGCUCUGACACAACAGCCAAUAACAUUUUUGGACUUGUUCACAUGUUUACAGUAAUCUUUGCUCUUAUAAUCUUAAUUCUUUUCUCUUAUAUGAGAAUUCUUAAAGUGUGUUUUUCUGGUUCUAAACAGACCAGACAGAAAGCUCUCAGUACCUGCACACCUCACCUUUUUUCCCUGCUGAAUUUUUCCUUUGGAGCUUUCUUUGAAAUAAUGCAGAGCAGGUUUAAUAUGAACUAUUUACCCAAUAUUUUGCGCAUUGUUCUGUCAUUGUACUGGCUUACAUGCCAACCACUCAUGAACCCUUUACUGUACGGACUGAAAAUGUCCAAAAUACGCAUUGUAUGUAGACGUCUGCUCUUUGGGGGGGAAAUGUAACUACAAAUGUUAUCUGACAACUAAGAGCUUUGCU